AUGGCAUCUCUCUUCGCCCUGCUCGCUGUCCUAGGGUCAGCCUCAGCCAGCGUCGUCCCCUCUUCAUCCACCCUCAACACCCUCCUCGUAUCUUCAACUUCUCCCUCAUCCCAACUCACACAAUGCCUCAAGUCCUCAUACUACGGUACAUACGGCGGUCAAGCAUCAACACAAGAGCACAUCUACCUUCCAUCCGAAGACUGCUUGCUUGGUGAAUCAGCUUUAGAUGGGCUCAGUGCAGGCUCUCUGAUCCCAUUGAAUUUCGAUAUAUCAGAUGAAGCGGGUAGGAUCGUAUGGGUCGGACAAGCUGGUGUAGAUCCUGAAUCACUUCCCAGUGACUCCUCAGUGGAUGCAUGGAGCAUUAUAUCCAGCACAUCGAGAGAAUUCGCUCUUCUUUCGUCGCCUGACUCAAAUCAACAAGUCCUAUCGUCUAAGAAAUCCCAAGUCAGCUCGGAACCUAUCAGGCUCUUACAUCAAUCACCGACCUCGCUACUCCUCCACGUGCCUCGUUCAUACCUACCAAUGAUCGACACCUUCCUUCCCUCUCAUCUUGUGCCCGUCGCACUACCCUCUAAACCCUUACCAGCUCUUGCAAACGGCUGGGACCCGGUUCCUUCCCAAUUCGCGAGACACUUGGCAAACGUAACGAAACAUCUGAGAUUCUCCCCCGAGAUCGAUAAGAUUGUCUCAGAAGGUAUAGAGCUCAAUCAAAUUAGAAGAGAUGUAAGGUGGCUUACAGGGGAAGCUCCGAGUGGAAUCGUUUCUAGACAUAGUUUCACCCCUGGUGCUGUGAAAGCUGCUCAUUGGAUCAAAGACAAAGUAGAAGCUACGGGAGCGAAUUGUACCCUGCACACGUUCAUCGAGGGAUACUCACCGAAUGUCAUCUGUCAUUAUCCCUCAUCCCUCAACUCGACUGAACAUGUCAUACUUUCCGCGCAUUACGAUUCGAGAGGAUCGUUCGGAUCGACUCGCGCUCCAGGAGGGGAUGAUGAUGGAUCUGGAACGGGCCAUCUGCUUGGUGUGGCCCACGCUAUAGGUACACAAGGUGUCAAGUUCAAGAAACAGGUCGUACUAGCUUUCUUUGCUGGUGAAGAGCAAGGUUUAUUGGGUAGUCAUGCUUAUGCUGAGCACCUACAUGAAAAGAACACCACCAUAUUACUUCAAGUGCAAGCUGACAUGUUGGCUUACCACGCUCCUGGAGAACCCCUACAAAUUGGACUACCAGAAUCGAUCCACCUCCCGGAAGCCUCCCACUUGAUAGGUAACCUAUCUCAGAUCUAUUCUCCUGAAUUGGUGGUAGGCAAGACAGCAGCCUGUUGCUCAGACCAUCAAUCGUUCAUAUCGUAUGGUUUCCCCGCUACUCAAGUGUUCGAAAGGAACGGUUGGAUCGCCGAUCCCUACUACCACAAUUCGGGUGAUCUCUCUCAAAGGGAUAAUUACGAUUUUGAACAGGUCGUGUCGAUCGCUAAAGUCACUUUGGCGGGAUUGUUGACUAUUGCGGGAUACAAUUUGGAGGAAGGUGUAUAA